AUGAAACGAAAAUUGGAAAUUGAUGGAGAUGGAGUGGGAGACGAACAAUACGAGGCGGGUUGCGAUUGCACGGGACGAAAACGAAGUCGAUCUACUGAAGUGCAUAACCUGAAUGAGAGGAUGCGGAGACAAAAACUUCAAGAAAAAAUGAAAGCCCUCCGGGAAUUGAUUCCCAACUGUGACAAGAGAGAUAAAGGACAUGUUCUUGAUGAAGCUAUGAAGUAUAUAAAGACCUUACAAAAUCAAGUUCAGAUGAUGUCAAUGGGAGCAGGUUUCUCCAUGUUCCACUCUCCGUUUAUGAUGCCGCAAACCGGGAUGCAGAUUCCCACCCUUCCUCAAUUCCCACCAACCGAUGAAUACGGGAUUGGAAUUGGAACGAUGGGAAUGGGCAUUCCUGGUCUUCAUUCGAUGAUGAAUGUUCCGAUGAGGCAUUCCGGAUUGUGCGCGUCAACAUCAUCAUCGUCGACAGCUCAAUCAAUUCAGAACUAUCCCGGGAAUUACGUAAUGCCACCAUGGAAUGGAAUCAGCUUUCCUACUCCGGUAUCACAAUGUACGACUACUUCAGCACAGGGUGCACCCAGAAGCUGGAACGAAUUUUGCCCGAUUCCUGAGAUAGGCGAGGGAUGUUCGACGAGGAGAGGGUCAAAGGCAAAAGUGCUACCGAGUCAAAUCAUCCGUCCGCGUGUUAAUCGAGAAUUGAAGGAUUAUGGUUGUAGCGAAUCUCGAUCAAGUGAAUGGGACACCAGCAAUUCAUUUGCGAAAUCAGAAGGAUGUUCCUAACGUCGUAGUUCGAUGAAAAUGCCGACACCCUUUGGCUCGUUGGAAUUAUCUAGAAACAAAAUUAAUAAUAAUAAAAAAGAAGCAGUAGAACAAGGGUAUGCUUGUUAAAGAUCUUGCAUAGUGUUCACUGAACUUUUUUUUUUUGUUUUUUUUUGUUUUUCCUGCUUCUUGUGAGGCUUGAUUCAAUGUAUCUCCACUCUAUCGUCGAAGGCAUCUUCGAUUCAGUUGGCUUCAUUGAUUUAUUUGAAUGUUUUGAGGAAUA